GGCGCAGCGCCAGUCCGCGACCGACCGCCUCCCGCGCACCACACGCGCUCAGUCAUCAGUGCUGUCGCCUGUCUCCUCACAGAUCACGGCCCAGGCCAUAGACCACACUUGACAGUAACCGGGAUUUUGUGACAGUGACACUGACAUUAAGUGAUAUGUUCAGCAGCCUUUUUCAUGUAAACAAACACGGAUUGUUUUAUGCAGUGAGCGGGUAAUCCCCUGUUCUAGAAGUUGACGAGAAAAUGACUCAGGCCAUGCGGGGGUGGUGCGCGCGGUGGAGCGCGGGGCGGGCGCGCACGCGCUGGCUGGCGGCGCUGCUGUGCUGGUGCGCGCUGGUGGCGCUGGCGCUGCCGCGGCUGCACCCCCCCGCGCGCCGCGCCGCGCCGCACCCCGCCCCGCCCGCGCGCCUGCUGCUGCAGUCCGAGCCAGCCGCGUCCACGCCCGCGCCCGCCUCGCCGCCCGCGCCCUCCGCGCCGCUGCCCGCCACCGACACGCGCGUGCUCACCGAGGAAGAGCUGCGCGCCGACGCCGAGCGCCGCCUGCCCUCGCUACCACUAGCCUACUGGCACCGGCACAAGGAUGACAAGAACAAGUUUUACAAAAAGAAGGACUGCGCGCCCUUCCCCUCCAUUUACGAUCUCGAGUUCCACAACACGUACUGGCAGACGCUGCGCGCCAAGGGCGAAGUGUUCCACCUGUACGGCGCGUACAUGGACGCGCGCAACGCGUCGCGCAUUGGGCCCGCCGUGCGCGUGCUCGCCGUGCACGACCGCAUCAAGCCCACGCUGGCCACGCACUGCCAGCUGUGGUUUGAAGAGCGCGAGGCGCCCGUGGUGGUGCGCAACCUCGAGUAUAAGUACGUGUGGAACAGCAAGUGGGGCAACUACCGCGACGGCGUGCUGCAGCCGUACCUGCUGGCGUGCGUGCUGCCCGCCGAGGUGCGCCAUCUGGUGCCAGCUUCCGUGUCGCUCGUGGCGAGCCCGUGCGACCGCGCCACCAACAACCUGCGCGUGCACAACGACCGCCCCGCCGCUCCAGAGGAGCGCAAAGACUUCGCUGUCUGCGUCAAGGGACUUGAUUUCCUCCACGAAGACUUAUCCGUGCGUCUCGUCGAGUGGAUCGAGUUGAUUCGCCUACUGGGCGCGGACAAGAUAUUUUUCUAUGAACUGCAAGUGCAUCCGAAUAUCACCAAAGUCCUCGACUACUACAACAGCAUAGGCGUGACGGAGGUGACGCCGAUAACGCUGCCCGGCGGCCAGCCCAACCUGCCGGGUCUGCAGCACAUGUACCUCAAAAAGAAGACGACGCACAAGCGGCAGAUGGAGCUGAUCCCGUACAACGACUGUCUUUACCGGCACAUGUACCGUUACCGCUGGCUCGCGCUGCUCGACAUCGACGAGGUAAUCGUGCCGCUGGAGGACGGCGACUGGGCCGGGCUCAUGCGGCGCGCGCUGCCGCUGGCCACGCCCGCACCCGGCAAGCCGCCGCGCUCCUCCUACCACGCGUCCAACGUGUACUUCCUGGACUCGCUGCGGCACGAGCACGAGUGGGAGGAGGGCGCGCCGCGCUACCUACACAUGCUGCAGCACGUGUACCGCACGCGCAACUUCACCAAGCCGGGCCAGUACGUGAAGGCGUUCCACGAGACGGAGCGCGUGCUAGCGCUGCACAACCACUUCCCGCUGGCGUGCCUGGGCGGCGCGUGCUCGUCGUACGCGCUGGAGACGCGGCACGCGCGCCUGCAGCACUACCGCGCCGACUGCGUGAGCGCGCUCAGCAAGGCGUGCGCCGAGCUGCGCGCGCAGCCCGUGCGUGACACGGCGCUGUGGCGGUGGCGCGCGCCGCUCGUGGCCGCCGCCGACGCGGCGCUGGCGGCGCUGGGCUUCGUGCCGCCGCACCGGUGACCGCCGCCCGGCCCGCCGGCCCGCCGGUUCGCCAGCCGCCCGCCGUCCGCCGCCAGCCGCCUCAUACGCUUAGUCUAUUGAACAUAUUAAACACUAGUUAAUAAAUGUAUUUUUAUAGUUUA